CUUUCCAACCAGUACCAUCCUGCCACCUGGUGCCUCGGCACCCGCACUUCAGCCUGAUGCCUGUACCCAGCCUGGCCUGAUGACCCAGUGCCCGCUGUUGAGCCAGACGAUCCUCAUGCCUGGUGACCCGAUGCCUGCUGUCGAGCCAGACGAUCCAAUGCCUGAUGAACCAGUGCCCGCUGUCAUGCCUGAUGACCCGGUGCCCGCUGUCGUGCCAAUUGACUCAGAGCCCACUGUUGUGCCUGGUGACUCGGUGCCUACUGCCUUGCCAGAUGACGCGGUGCCCGCUGUCGAGCCAAAUGACCUGAUGCCUGGUGACCCGAUGCCCGCUGUCGGGUCAGACGAUCCA